AUUUCGUUACCUACGUCUCAGUCAUUGUAAAUGUUCAUUUGGAAAUUGGAACUAUUUAUUAAAAGGUACCCAUGAUACAUACUUAUUGAAUUAAAACACAUUUUUUACCAUGGAUUUAAACAAAACUAUAAAGAAAUAUUUUGAUAUGGGACUCAAUUAUUCAGAAAUCAUAGAAUUUUUACAUAAAAAUGACAAUAUUUCUAUGAGCUUACGCACCUUGAAGAGAAUAUUAAAAAGCUUAUCACUUGCUCGGCGAAAAAAUUUUUCAUCUAUUGCCACUGUUGCUGAUUUUUUGGCAUCACAAGUCCAAGGUUCAUCUCAACUCCAUGGCUACAAAUGGAUGCAUUUAAAGUGCAUUCAGAAUGGUUUUACUGUUAAGCAAGAAACGGUUAGAUAUUUAUUGAAUGACUUAGAUCCUGAAGGUGUAGCUAUUCGAAAAAGAAAAAGAUUAAGAAGGCGGCAAUAUCAUAAUAAAGGUCCGAAUUACCUAUGGCACACUGAUUGUUAUGACAAAUUAAAACCCUAUGGAAUUCCUAUUAGUGGAUGCAUUGAUGGAUUUUCUCGUUAUAUUUUAUGGCUAGAGGCGGCACCAACUUGUAAUGACCCUAGAGUUAUUGGUGGAUUUUUUUUGAAUGCUGUUAGUACUCUUAAAGGUUGUCCUACUUCAUUGAAAACUGAUGCGGGAACGGAAAACCGACAUAUUGAACAAAUACAGACAUUUUUCCAUAGGAAUAAUCAUUCAAAUAAUCGACCAUUUUUAUAUGGAACUAGCCCAGCUAACCAAAGAAUUGAAGCUUGGUGGGGUCACCUUCGAAAACACUGCAGUCAAUUUUGGAUGAAUACAUAUCAGUUACUUAAAGAUGAUGGAUAUUUCAGCGGAUCAUUUGUUGAUAAAAAUCUCAAUAGAUUUUGUUUUAUUGAUUUAAUUCGAAGUGAACUGAAUAACAUAAAGGAAGAAUGGAACAGUCAUAAAAUUCGAAGCACCAAGAAUGCAAUUGCACCAUCUGGUCGUCCAACUAGCAUGUUUAAUUUACCUCAUUUGUGGAACUCUGAAUCAUAUCUGUUUGAUGUACAGGACGAAGACAUAUCAGUGUGUAAAGACGAAUGCGUAUUUGUUUCUCAAUUAAUAUGUGAUGAAACCAUUUUUGAGUUAUGUCAUAUUUUAAUUGAAGAAAACAAUUUAGUUGUAACAAAUGCUCAUGAUGCCUAUGAUGCUACUUUAUGA